UACGCGAGGGCUACUAUAAUAGCUUUAUACUACUAUUAUUACUUUUUUUGGUUGGGCCUAAGUAAUUAGGUGUAGAGUAGGAGGAUUAGUUGCAAUCACACAUACGCAUAUUGCGCAAGUGAAGGGGUUAGAAAUAGUACCGAUAACGUGGUACAUGCAGGUGCGUGUAGAUGUGGGGCAAAUUAUCACUGUACAUAUUGGUUUUAUAACCCGCACCCUCAAUUCGACAGUAUAUCCGCUACUUACACUAUCAUCGAACAAGCUCAUAAUAUUUGAAGCUCAACGAUAGCCGCACACACUUUCUCAACCGUAUGUGACUGCAAGGUACAGCUACAAACCAAAUCACAGGACACGUCACAUCCUCAUUUCUAAGCCUGAUAUAUACUUUUGACACCUUCAAUCGGUCGGAAAUCGCCUUUGUCACUUACAGCUUAGCAUAAUGAGCACCCACAAUCCUUCAACGCCUGUCUCGGCCAACAUACGGGCUUCUAAGGAUACUAAUUCCAAUCGUCGCAAUAGGAGUAAAAAGGGAAAGGGAACCCGAGUCAAGCAGAAAAAUGCUACAGUAUCAACUGAGGUUACAAAAACCAGUACAAGCCCUACGAUAAUUUCUGAGACGGGGAGUGAUUUUUCUAGUAAACCAUCUAUGUCUGCUAGUGGUGCGGGUGAGGAGGGGUCUGAGGGACGUAAACAUGUGCACACGCAAAUGCAACAGAUGCAGUCUAUGGGUUCACUGUCAUGUAGGCCAACUGAGUUGUCACAAGACAACGACAGCUUGAGUACAGAAUCACAGAUACUUCAAUCCCGAAAACAGGUGGCCAAGAACGAGGGGAAAAAACGCAGAGAAAGAACUUCAGUCCCUUCUAGUCAAACCUCGUUGACUUCGGAUGUGAAUCAGGAAGUUAUAAGUAUACUCGCAGGGUCACUGGCCGCCACGGAUAUCAGCGAAGAUGUGGAUGAGCAGGAGAACUAUAGUCUACACGCAAACGAUGAUUAUGAAUACACCCACACAUUCCAAGAUCAAGGUCUACCUGACAAUGCAGAACGAACGAUACCUACAGAAGCUUUUGAUACCAGUGUAGCCAGUGAAAGCAAUAUUGAAGCAUCUACGAAUAUUGAUGAAAAUGGAAGCGCGGUGCAAAAGGCGGCAGCGCAAGCACCAGCAGACCAGACGGGUCUUGCGAUUACUGGGACACCAGCUGCCGAAGGUAGCUAUCGGAAAUUUCAUAACAAUCACAAAUAUAACAAUAGGGGGAACCGAAAAGAUGUUUGCAGAUUCUUCAUGAAAGGCCAUUGUAAGUUUCAUGACAACUGCAAGUAUUCGCACGACGUUCAGAACGGAGACAAAUUUUAUAACGGCAAUAACUCUGCAUACAAUCGGGGUGGAAGACAAUUCCACAAUAAUUACAACCACCAUUACUACCGAGACGACACUUACAGAAGGUACCAGCAUAGCAACACCAAUCACAACAACUACCUGCAUAACAAUCACGCAGGAGGCAGUAACAGCAACACUCACAGUAUGGGACCCAACAACAUCACUGUAUCGAGCAAUGAGAGGUACGCGCACAAUAACACGAAUAAUGCUCUGGCUUCUCAUGCCUCGGCGUGUGCUUUCUGGAAGAACGGCAGGUGCAGAUACGGCACACGCUGCAACUACAGCCACAUUGGGAUGCCAGGCAUGAACACAGGCAACGUAAACAUGACGGGAUAUAACAUGGGUGCAGCUGGUUACUACAAUCCACAACACAUGAGACUACACAACGUGAACAUGCCUAACAUGGGCGUGGGUGUGAAUGUAAGCGGCUUACCUGCGGGUAUGAGCAUGCUGCCAAAUGGUGCUGUGUACGGAUAUUAUCAUAUGCCAAAUCCACACAUGUACGAAGCUCCCACCGCUUUGUCUGCGGAAGCGUACUUCAAUGGGGCCAACCUAAACCCCGAGAUGCUCGCCCAGGCCGCUACACUGUACCAACUGCCACCACCAGCACAGUUCUACGCACCCCCCGUACAUGCCCCAGGGCAAGUACCGGUGCCUAUACCCCAACAAGUACCCAUACCCCCACUUUUGCCGCUCAACCAACGGCAACUACAGGCACAGGCCACGCAGACACGUACUAUGGCUCCGCAACAGCAACAGCAGCUGGCAACAUUGCCAGUAGCGCAUCCCAACCCUGACCCUACUGUGCCGGUACAAAGUACUGUGGAUAUCGCCGCACUGCCAGUCCCGCAAGCACAGGCACAAGCUAACAUUCACCCACAAUUUCACUUAAUUCGACACGCGCCAGUUGGCGUGCAGCCGCCUGUGGAGGAGAGUAUGGAAGCGCACGACUCCGAACAAGCCAGCGACGAGGAGAGCGCGCAGAAUAGCACUAAUUCGCAGCAGUGACGGGAACAUUAGGCUGAUGAGCGAAUGAUGCGACGUGUAUUGCGUCGCAACGGUCUUGUAUGUGCACUUUUAGAAACAGAUACAGACUGCCCUGUGGGGUCCAGACAAAACUAGACACGGGAGUACCUCUGCACGACACCUGUAAAAGUAUUUGAUCGAAGUAGCAAGAAUUUCAGGAAAGGCGUUCACAUGCGUUACCUUGUCUAUCAGACUUGCUAAAGUUUCUACAGAAGUUCGCCAACUGGUUUUGUAGUUGCGUAACUGGCCCAUAAAAGGCAACAUUCUUGUACGUUUGCAGUGGCAGCCGCGGAGAAUUUGAGGGAGGAGAUGGAGUAGAAUCAAGGUUGUUCGCGGUACAUGUGACAGUCAGGACAGGGGUGAAAAAAUGGGGGGGGGAUUGGGUGGUGUUGUGGGGAUGGGUGAGGCAAGCGGGAUAGGAACGAGUGGGGCAUACCCAUUGUAAACAAGGCGCGGAACACAAAUACGUGCAGCAUAUGUGUGGUAUCAGGAGUUCUAUUGCUUGUGAGGUACUUCAAAAAUGAUAACCAGUGGAGCAGACCGGAUGAUCGAUCCCGAGCUGUGCCUGACUCUGUGCCUCAUUAAGUGAUGACAAACAAGAGGAGCCAAUACAUGAAACAUGAAAAUGGUUUGGGGGUGAGGCGUAAUUCAUAUGUAUAUAUAUAUAUAUAUAUUAUGUAUACAUAUAUGUAUGUAUGUGUAUGUAUGUAUGUAUGUAUGUAUGUAUGUGCACAUAUUACAUAUAUGUGUAUGUAUGUAUGUAUGUA